AUGAGUUCAGACUUGACUAAUCUGAAUCAAUUGCAGCACAAUCACAAAGCAUUCGCACUGAAAACCCUGCUCCAAACAGACCCUGAUCAAGCAGAAGAUGAAUUCGAGCAAGAGCUCAAGGCCUUUACCAAAAUGGAACCUGGAGAUCACAUCCUUGAUCUUUGCGCUACCUUCAAGAUUGGAGACAAGUACUCUUUCUUGUUUCCCUGGGCAGAAGGGGGCAACCUGAAGCACUUUUGGAAUAAGUGCCCUACGCAGGUACAAAAGGACACCCGUCAACCUGACGUACUUCUACAUUGGAUCGCCGAGCAAUGCCACGCGCUGGCAGCGGCUCUACAAAGCAUCCAUGAGGUUCGUGUGAAGGCACUGAAGCGAGCAAAUCGGAUAUCCGACAAUGAAGACACUGACAGAGACAUUUAUGGGAUCCACGGCGACAUCAAGCCUGAGAACAUCUUGUUGUUCAAUCACCUGGAUAAACCACUGGGCAUCGGCACUUUAAAGAUUGCCGACUUCGGCCUCACGGAGUUUCACAGGCUCACAUCGCGAACGCGGUCGUUCAAUCACGGUUCCGACGCCAGACAGCCCGCACCUACCUACGAAGCGCCUGAGCUUGUGCAGCUUGGGGAAGUGUAUUCCAGGAAGGCCGAUGUGUGGGCCCUUGGCUGCGUCUUCUCCGAGUUCUUGACUUGGGUGGUUCGUGGGCACUUGGCUGUGGGGGAGUUUGGACAAGCCCGUGCUAUGGAAAGAGAUUGGGAUGAUUCUAAGAAGCGGUUCAGGUGGGCAGAAGACAAGUUCUUUGUGGCAACUUAUCAUGACGGCGGAGUUCCCGGAGCGGUCCGAACUUCUUUGAAACUUGCCGUGGACAAUACUUCCUAG